AUGCCUUUUUCUGAUCCUUCACCUGUCGUCGUUGUCAUGGCAAAGAAAUCUAUCAUAGCACAAGAAGACAUAGAAGAGCCAGACAUCCGUCGUGAACAUGAAAUGGGCUAUGAACAAGAGCUCUAUCGUGGCUUUUCACCAUUCAUGUCAUUUGCCUUCUGUUUCACUGCUGUCAACGUACUCACAUCCAUUUCAAUCAGUUUCACCUAUGCAUUAAACACUGGUGGAUCGGCUAUGGUCGUGUGGUCUUGGCUUAUUGGAUCUAGUUUUACAAUUCUUGUGGGUCUGUCAUUGGCUGAAAUUUGCUCUGUAUAUCCAAGCGCUGGUUCUGUCUAUUAUUGGGCUGGUCAACUGGUACCUUCUCAGCAUGCUCCAUUAGCUUCAUUUAUUUGUGGAUGGUUUAAUUUCAUUGGUAAUGCAGCAGCUAAUGCUGCAUUCUCAUCCGGUUUCGCUACCAUUGUUAAUGCUGCUCUUGUUCUCAAUGGUAAAGAGUCGCUGAGUAUAGGAGCGCAAGUAGGAAUUAGCAUAGGCAUUACCUUUGUAUGGGCCAUUCAAAACAUAUUCCGAAUCGAUCAACAAGGAUGGCUCAAUAAUAUUGCUGCUAUCUUUCAAAUAACUUCUACAAUUACUACUAUUGCUGUUCUCUUGGUUAUGGCACCUGAAAGAGCUUCUGCUCAUGAUGUUUUUAUAUCCACAUACAAUGGUACUGGAUUUCCCUUUUCAUACCUAUGUUUUAUUAGUAUCCUUUCAACACUGUACUCAUUGUCCGGUUACGACGCCGGUGCUCAUUUAGCUGAGGAGACUCAACACGCUGGUCGUGCAGGUAAUUUUGCUAUGGCUCGUGAUGGUGUAUUUCCAUUUUCGUCUUCUCUUCGUUGGAUUUUUCCGCUGACGAAAGCACCAUUGGCUAUUGUAGCUUUUGUCGUGAUUAUUGAUUGUCUUCUUGUUUUACUCCAAUUAGUGUCAACCACUGCGUUUGCUGCUAUUAUCUCAGUUACGACACUGGGUUUUCAAAUCUCUUAUAGCAUGCCUAUUUUCUUUCGAUGUACAGUUGCUCGAAAGAGUUUUACCGUUGGUGAAGUCAAUUUAGGUCGAUUCGGCCUGCCCAUUGCUAUUGUUUCAGUUGUUUGGCUUCUAAUCACUUCAAUACUCAUGUUCUUUCCUGCAAAUUAUCCCGUAACAAGCGAUAAUAUGAACUAUGCCAUUGUGAUCGUUGGUGGCUUAGCAUUGAUAGCUACAACCUAUUGGGUUGCUUCUGCUCGUCAUUGGUUUAGAGGUCCCAAACGAAAUCAUAUCAAUUCAAGUUCAUGGCCAUCGAUUUCUGUUGCUAAAGUUGACAGUAAGAAAGCAAUGUCAUCAUAUAAUGUUAUUUUAACUCAAUUAUAA